AUCCACGAUCCGGCAAGACUGUGUAGCUUAUCCUACUUACAACCUGACGGACGCAUCGAACUUGCCUGGACCAAAAAACAACGCACUUAUCCACACUAGCCAAUAGAAUUUCAACAUAAGAAUUGCUUUUGUAAUCGCUUUUAUAUAUUUAGGCUAUACAAUAAAAUCCAUUACAAGACAGCGGUCUAUAGCUAACAACAUCCUAAACCAACUACAUUCUGGAUAGAGGAGCUGACUGAGGAAGAGUCAUUUGCAGGAAGAUUGUAUGCGUGUACAUCGAAUAGAAAUCACAUUUUAAUAAAGUUUUGUGAUUGAAGUGAACACUUUCUCUUACGCACCGACACAGGUCAUCUCUCUCGCUUCGCUGACUCAUAGCCUACACAGAACCCAGGACCAUGUCGGAGUACAGCUCUUUGCUCAGCGACCUGUCUGAAAACAUCACCAAUGAGGACUUGGACCAGCUGAAGUCGGCCUGCAAGGAGGACAUCACAGAGGACCAGAGCAACACAAUCACCUCCUCCAAGGAGUGGUUCAACUACCUGGAGGAGAACCAAAAGCUGGCACAGGAUAACCUGUCGUACAUUGAGCAUAUCUUUGAGAUCUCACGGCGACCAGACCUGCUGACCCGUGUCAUCGAGUACCGCACCACGGUUCUCAAGAUCUCUGAGGACGAUGAGAUCGACACCAAGCUCACACGCAUCCCCUCUGCCAAGAAAUACAAAGGUCACUUUACUAUACCUAUUUUUUCUUCGUCCAAGGAGCUGGACUACAUCCGCGACGAGAGCAGCCGCCUCCAGCAGGAGAACCAGAGGCUACAGAAUGACAUCCGCAGGCUGCAGUCCGAGAUCCAGAUCACCUCCACGGAGACCCGGAGCAUCUCCAACUCGGCCCCCAUGGAGAGCGGGAGAACCUAG